AUGUCCCGCGAUUCUGCGAUUACCGUCCAGCAAAACGUGCCGCGUGUCAGCGCGGGGCUGCACAUCACCCCACGGCAGCCCCAUCCUCACCGUGUCCGGCCCCGCUCUGCCUCCCGCUGCGCGGAACUGCGAGCAGCUCGGGCCAGGAGAGGGAGCCAUGCCCAAAGCGCGACCGCGUCCCCCGCCUCCUCCUCCCGGCAGCGGGACCCCGCGAGCGGCGAGAGGGACGGGGCGGAGCCGGGCUGUGCGGCCGGGGGCCGGGGAGGACUAAGGAGAGAGCGAGACGCGCGGGACGUGGCGGUGCGAGCCCUCCGCGUGCCCAGGAUGAAGAUGGUCGAUGCCGUGCUGCUGGUGAUGCUGUGGCUGUGUGUGGUGCCCCUGGGCAGCGGCUCCGAACGUUGUGAUGACUGGGGUGUGGACACCAUGAAACAGAUCCAGAUUUACGAUGGGGAGCCCGCCAAGAUCAAAUGCCCACUUUUCGAGACCUUCUUGAAGUACAACUACAGCACAGCCCAUUCUGCUGGCUUAACCCUGAUCUGGUACAGGAUUGGGCAGGACCGAGAUCUGGAGGAGCCUAUUAAUUUUCGUCUCCCAGAUAACCGCAUCAGUAAGGAGAAGGACACCCUUUGGUUCUGGCCUGCUCUCCUCAACGACACUGGGAAUUACACAUGCAUGCUCAGAAACACAACUUACUGCAGCAAAGUUGCCUUUCCUUUGGAGGUUGUUCCUAAAGACCAAGGCUCUUGUGUGAGCCAUUCAAUAAAACCUGUUGAGCAGAUGUUUUACCUGGAGUAUGCUAAUGAAAAGAUCAUAUGUCCAGACAUUGAUGGGUUUUACCCUGCUAGUGUAACACCAACUGUCAAGUGGUACCAGUCCUGCAGGUUAGUGGAUGGCUUCAAUGAACGACAUCCUCAAGGGUCCAAGCUUGUCAUUGGUGUUGUCCGCAGUGCAUAUGAAGGGAAUUACACCUGCAUUGUGACAUUCAAGGACCAUGGAAGAACAUAUAAUCUCACCAGAACCAUAAAGAUGAAGGUGGUAGGAUCUCCAAACAAGGCCUUGCCACCACAGUUCACCUCCCCAAAUGAAAAAGUUGUCUACGAACUGGAAGCAGGAGAUGAUCUUGUUUUGCCCUGUGAAGUCUUUUUCACCUUUCUGAAGGACUCUCGGACUGAGGUGUGGUGGACCAUAGAUGGAAAGAACACAGAUGACAUCAUGGAUGCCAAAGUCACACAAAGCGAAAUUCCUAGACGUUUUGAAGACAAAACUAUCAUAAGGACUCUAACAGUUGCAAAAGCCACACCAGAGGACUUGAAACGCAAUUACACUUGCUAUGCCAGAAAUGCCAGAGGGGAAGUCCGUAGCCAAGCCAUAGUGCGCAUGAAAGUUGCAGCACCGAAGUACACUGUGGAGCUGGCCUGUGGACUGGGAGCAACCAUCCUGCUCGUUGUGGUGCUGAUUGUCAUCUAUCAUGUUUAUUGGCUUGAAAUGGUCCUCUUCUAUAGAGCUCAUUUUGGAACAGAUGAAACCAUUCUAGAUGGGAAGGAGUAUGAUGUGUAUGUGUCCUAUGCACGCAACGCGGAGGAGGAAGAAUUUGUGUUGCUGACGCUGCGAGGAGUCCUGGAAAAUGAGUUUGGGUACAAGCUGUGUAUCUUCGACAGAGACAGCCUCCCUGGGGGAAUUGUCACAGACGAAACCCUGAGCUUCAUCCAGAAAAGCCAACGUCUGCUUGUUGUCCUGAGCCCCAACUACGUCAUGCAGGGGACGCAGGCCCUGCUGGAGCUCAAGGCUGGGCUAGAGAAUAUGGCCUCCAAGGGCAACAUCAAAGUUAUUCUAGUGCAGUACAAAGUCAUCAAGAAGAGCAAAGUGAAGGAGCUGAAGCAGGCCAAGGCGGCCUUGACUAUCAUUAAGUGGAAAGGAGAGAAAUCGAAGUUCCCAAAGGGCAGGUUCUGGAAAGAGCUUCAGCUGGAACUGCCAGUAAAAAAAAUUAUCAGGAGUUCGAGCCUUGAUCGGCAAGAGCCCUCAUAUGUCUCCCUAAGAAAUGUUUGAUGCCAUCAGCAAAAAAACCCAAACAAACAAAACAGAAAAAAAAAUCACAAUCCAAAGCCCACCUACAAAACAGAAAAACCCAUGAAAGAUAUAGAAGUUAGUCCAGGGACUGGGAAGGAGCUCAGGCUGGGUCUGUGUCCCAAGAGUUUCAGAGCACAGUCGUGCCUCCCUACAGCUUUUCUACUGUCCUGGCAGUAGAAAGACCAAAGAUACGUACACUUCUUGCUGUGACUGCACACCCUUGUAAUGAACCACGGAAGCCCUGGUCUCAGGGUCUAUAUCUGGGGUCUUCAGAUGGGGUGCAGCCAGCACCUUGUCAUAACGUGGCCUUUGUACAUGCCAGUACUCCUUGAUCCAGUUCCUAUGGGACAUUCCUUAGAUUCCAAGACAGGGCUUCUUUCCUCUUCUCCAUUCACUCCCUCCUGAUUGUUGGUCCCUUUUGGAGUUCAAUUUGAAUGGAAUAUAGAGCCUUUCAUUUUGACUUGGGCAGCAAUAAACCAGAUGAGGUUUAACAAAAGAAAGUGUAGAAUUUUGCACCUGGGAAGGAAUAACUGUGAGUAUCAGUACAGAUUGGAAGAUGACCUUCUGGAGAGAAGCUUUGGGGAGAAGGGCCUGGGAGUCCUGAUGGAUGACGGGUUGGUGUUAAGUCAGCAGUGUGCCCUGGGAUCCUGGGGUGCAUUAAAAGGAGCAUGGCCAACAGGUCAAGGGAGGUGAUCCUCC